AUGAGGACGGGACGACGGCUGACCUGGCAAGGGCCACCGGUGAAGCGGAAAGGGGACAGGGGUGACGAGGCUUGCCCGAGUCGCAUGCAUGGAAAGGAGCCCAAGGGUUGGGCGGUGGUAGCGGCGCGCACAUCGCCCAUAAUGGAGGAUUUCAAGGACUGGCUGGCGUUCAAGGCAGAGCCAGCAGCCGUCGAGAAACUCAUGCACUCACGGGCGUCACAGAGGGACACAUGUCAUCUCGCCUCAUCGUCCUCGUCAUCCUCGUUAUCGUCCACGUCACUGGGCCUUCAACCCGGUCCCUUCCCGUGCACUGCACGACCUGCCACCUCCACCUCCUCUUCCACGUCCACACUCCCCUCGAGCGGCGAGGCCAAGGCGGCAGCAACAGCAGCGCUGCAAGCAGCAUUGGAAUCGCGAGACAUAGCCCGCAUGGUGGAAGCGCUGAGAUGCCACCGCAGCAAGGCCACUCCCAAGGCCGUGAGGGUGGUUCAGCAGGAGGUGAACCGGCUGCUGUUUGGGGAUGGGGGGGCUAGUGGGGGCGGGAGCAGAGCGAGUGGUGCGGCUGGGGGAGGGGAUGGGGGAGCGCGUGGGGGAGGAGCUGGUGCUGCUGGGACAGCAGGUUCAGGCGCUGCUGCUGCUGCUGCUGGUAAUGCUGCUGGUGCUGCUGGCGGGUUGUCCGGCGGUGCAGGCUCGAGUGUGGCACCAAGUGCACAUGCACAUGCUGCCUCGGGCGGUCAUGCGUGCUGCAACAAUCCCGCAUGCGUGCACCGCUCCUUCCCCGCCCCUGCGAGCCCCUUCCCCAACCUCACUCAUGCUGCUGCUGCCACAGCAACUGCAGUCAGCGCCGCGCCCCUGCAGCAAAGCAGUGCUGGGGGAGGCGCAGGGGGAGGGGGAGGGGGAGGGGGAGGGGGAGGGGGAGGGGGAGGGGGAGGGGGAGGGGGAGGGGUAGGGUCAGGGGGACACGGAGUUUUGCAAAAGGUUGGAGAAGGCAGAGGGCGGGGGAAAGGAGUGGUGGCGGCGGAUGGGGGGAGGUUUGGCGGGGGAGGGGAAGCAGCGGCGGGAGGAGGAGACGCGGGAGGGACAGUGUUGGAACGAGGGGGGAAGAUGGAUGGUCCUUUUGCAGCUUCUGCUGGUGAGUGUGGGCUUGGCAGCGCACUGGGAGGAGGAGCCACGGUGUGGGGUGGAGCAAGUGGAACUGGGACCGUCACUGGGGCCCCUCCUGCUGCUGCUGGGAUUGUAUCAGGGCUGGUGACGGGUACUGCACCAGGAAUUGCUGCUGCUGCUGCUGCUGUUGCUGGUGGUGCUACUGCUGGUGGUGUUGGUGUUGGUGGUGGUGGUGGUGUUGGUGGUGGUGGUGGUGUUGGUGGUGGAACGAGGGGUGCAGGUGGAGGUGUGGGUGGUGGUGGAGAUGCAGUUCAAGGUGUGGAUGCCGUCGUGUCGGGAGGCUGGCAGGAGUCGGUUCUUAGUGGAAACGCCGCUGCCACUGCUCAGCAGCAGCAGCUGCAGACCCAUCGAUUUGAGCAGCAAUCCCAGCUGUUUAAGCCAGGAGACGGGCAGUGGAUACAGCAGCAGCAGCAGCCUCCGCAGCAACAGCAACAGCAACAGCAGCAGCAGCAGCAGCAGCAGCAGCAGGAGCAGCAGCAGCAGCGGCGGCGACGGCGAUGCUGUGAUGGCUGCUGCAGCUUCUCGGAUAACUAUGGCACCAUGGCGCCUGCUUUCUUGACUCCUGAUACCACCACAUCCCCCGCCCUCACUCCUACUUCCACCCCCAAACCCCCCUCCACCACCACCACCACCACCUCUUCCUCCUCCUCCUCUUUCGUUCUGCCCUCCUCCCUCUCCUCUCCUGCCCACGCUGCUUCCAUGCCUUCUCCUACCACUGCCACGACUCCCACCACCACUUCAGCCCCGCACCGGCCCCUUCCCUCCUCCUCACCUUCACCCUCCGUUCCCCUCUCCACCAACCCAGGGUCUGACCCUAGCCAACGUCCAGCCUCCACUGUGCGUCAGCAGCCUCGGCAGCAACAGCAACAGCAACAGCAGCCGCAGCAGCAGCAGCAGCAGCAGCAGCAGCAGCUUCAGCAGGAGAUGAUGCAGAGGAUGGGUGAGGGAGCGGGCAGAGGUAGGGAGUGUGGAGAGGAGGGCAGGGGGGGUGAGAUGCGGGGAGUGGAUUGGGAGGAGAUAGGAGCGGCGUUGAUUGAGGAGGAGGAGGUGGUGCUGCGCGCCAAUGCUGCACUCAAAGAGGCUCAGGCGUCUGGGGAUCUGCAGGCUAUGAGGAAUGCGUUGGAAGAUCCGAUGAAUGCCAGGGCAGGGGCAGCAGUGCGGCACUGUUUGGCACGUGCGGUGAAGAAGAAGGAGCAGAGGGCACGGGGAAAGAAGGGCACGCCGCAGGCUGGUUCUACUGCUGGUGCUGCUGCUGGUUCAGAUGGUGUUGGUAGUGGUGGUGCUGGCGGAGAAGUGGGUGAUGGAUCGGGGCAGACGGGAGGAGGAGAAGAGAGGACGGAAGAGGGGGAGGAGGACGGUGACAAUAGCGGCCAGAAUGAGGGAGCAACGCAAGGGAGGGAAGCAGUUCUUGAUCGUGGGGAGGAGAAGGCAGGGGUGAGUGCGCUGGCAGAAGGGGGAUCCAGUGACGUGCGUGAGGAGAAGAAGAACGAGAGGUUUAAGGGCAGUAGGGAAGGCGAGGGGCAGCGAGGAGACGGAGCAGGGGAGGAUGAGCCAGGCGAUGUGAGCAAGCAUGGGAGCAAGAGCACGGGCACGGGCACGGGCACGGGCAAGGGCACGGGCACGGGCACGGGCACGGGCAAGGGCACGGGCACGGGCACGGGCACGGGCACGGGCACGGGCACGGGCACGGGCACGGGCACGGGCAAGGGCACGGGCACGGGCACGGGCACGGGCACGGGCACGGGCAGUAGUAAUAGUAGCACAGGUCGUGCUGCAGUGGCGCUAGAGGAGGAGGAGGAGGAGGAGGAGGAGGAAAGCACAGAGGGGACGAGUGGGACACAGGACGGGGGUAAGCAGAGCGACGCAAAGAAGAAGAGGAAGAAGAAGAAGAAGAACAAGAGCGGUGGUGCUGCUGUGACCGGAACAGGGUCAACCGGAUCAGCAGCAGCAGCAGCAGCAGCAGCAGCAGCAGCGUUGCACGAGCCCUCUGGGUCUGCUGCUCAAGAAGACCCACCAGCUACAACUCCUCCUGCUCUUACCUCUCUGCGAAGCCCUAGAGGCAUCACUUCUUCCUCCUCCUCUCCACCCGCCCCUGCCUCUCCUCUCCCCUCUGUCCCUGAAACCCUCUCUCCGCCCGAUAGAAAUCUCCCAUCUUCGCGUGCUCCUGCUGCUGCCCGCCCUGACCGGUCCCUUCCCACUUCCUCCUCCUCCUCGCCCGCUCUCUCGCCCCCUCCUCCCACUGGAUCUGGAGCCGCAGCUGCUGCCAGCAGCUCUGACCACAGUAGCGGUAGCAGCAGUAGCAGUGGCAGUGGCGGAGGGGGCAGCAGCAGCAGCAGCAGCAGCAGCAGUAGUAGCAGAAGUAGUAGCAACAGUGGCGGCAGCAGUGGUUCUGUAGGCGCAGGGGGAGGGGGAGGGGGAGGGGGAGGGGGAGGCGCAGGGGGGCCGUCAUGGAGUGAUCGGGUGGCUGCUGGGCUGGCCAGGUCAAAGGAUGCUGCUGCUGCUGCUGCUGUUGCUGCUGCUGCUGCUGCUGCUGCUGCUGCUGCUGCUGCUGCAACUAACGCAGGCACUGCAGGAGGAAAGGGGAGUGGCAGCAGCAAACAGGGCGCUAUGGUAAUGGCAAUGGCAGCAGCAGGUAGUGGUCGAAACGGGCAGGUUUCUAUCCAUGCUUCCCACCCCCGCCAUCAUGGGCACACGCAGCAUCAUCACCACCACCACCAUCACCACCACCACCACCAGCAUCAGCAUCAGCAGCAGCUGCAGUUUGGCUCUGCUAACACAGCUCCAGCUUGGGGUAUGGGUGGAGGAGAAGGAGGAGGAAAUGGAAUUCUAUCAAGUCGCGCUGCCAUGGCAUCCCAUGCCACAGCUGCUUCUUCUGCUUCUGUUGCCGCUGCUGCUGCUGCUGUUGCUGCUGCUGGCGGUGCCACUGCUCCUGGCCGAGCAUGGGUAGGCAAGUCAGCUGCUGCAAUCGCUGCAGGCCGAGGGGGUGCGGGAGGAGGAUCCGCCACAGGAGCGAUGGGGCUUCGAUCGGCUGCUUCAGGUGCUGCUUCUUCUGCUGGGGUGGUGGGGGGUGGGUUCUGGUCAGUGGCUGACGCGGGAGGUGGAGGUGGGGGGGGGCGGCAGGAGGAGGAGGACGAUGAGGAGCUGUGUGUGAUCUGCUUGGAGAGGGAGCGAACGACAGCGUAUGAGCCGUGCGGCCAUGCGGCAUUCUGCCUGGAUUGUGCGCAGGCUAAUCUGGAGGUGCAUGGUGACUGCCCCAUCUGCCGCACGCCCCUGCAAGGCAUUUCCUCUGACUCUGGCAGAUGA